AUGGAUCUUCCAAUUAGAUUGUUGAAAACCGACCAUUUCCCUAACCGUCGACUCUAUGUCUAUGGGAAGCCUGACAUAAUCGCUUUUGUAAAGCAUACGCUCAGGAAUAGCCCAGAGGCAUUUGAAAGAAUAAGGAACUCUCAGUUGGGGAAGCUUUGGGAUUUUCCCACUGCUAGAUGUCCCGUAUCUUGCAAACUCAUCCACGCCUUGCUGUGUAGGCAGCUGUUGUCCAAGAAACAUCAUGAAAUGUGGACAGUAUUCGGUGGUCACCCAUUGCGUUUUUCCUUGUCUGAGUUCGUCAGCGUGAUUGACCUUUACUGUGGUGAAUUCCUAGAAGGAUACGACCCAGAUUGGCAUCCACCAACAAUGAAGGGACCAGACAAGUGGUGGAGGAAGUUCAUAGAAGAUGACUCAAAAACAACACUACGCGACAUUUCUACAUCACUCAGGAAAGGGGAAGUCGAGGAUAGCGACCAAAAGCUUUCUUUGUGUCUAAUAUGGAUAGGGUUCUCUGCGUGA